GUUUUUUUGAGGUGGUCUCGAAAAAAAAAAUGCCAAUGUCUGCCGGCGCGGAGCAGCAGGGUAUCGACACCCGCGGCGUUGUGGCGGCCGCGAUUGCAGAUCCACUGCGCGUGAACGAGUUCUAUGCAGCGCGGCUGCUCCCCUUUGCCAGCGGGGCUGCCGAGCACCAGGACCCCGCCGCGGCUGCCGCUUUGCACGGCGGCGAUGACAUCACCAGCGGCAGCGCGGCAGGCGGCCAUCCGAGCCCCUACGACGCCAGCAGCACAGCCCGAGUCACUGGCGCCGCCGCUGCGCACUUCUUCCGCAGCGCAGGCCUGCCCGACGACCUGAUGGCUCAGACCCGCUACGUCGCCGAGUAA